ACUGCCCUUGAGAUGUCGUCAAUUCUCUAUCACUGCUGUGAUCUUCUGAUAGGCAUUGCCACUGGAUGGAGUGACCAGAUACGCACCAACACCCAAGUACACAGACAAUUCAAGGCAAUGAUGGUGUCCAUUGGAAGACCUUCACAUGGUGAAAGUGCUGAUUUAUUAAUUAGCUAUGAUGCAGGGCCAGCUAUAGAUGGAAUCAACUCAAGAGCAUGGGUUGGAGGAUUAAUGUUCAUAUUCAUACCUUGCAUGCAGGAAUUUGAAUCCCCUGCAUGCAAGCUACUUGAUCAAGUUAAAGUAGUUGCCCACAAAGCACAGAUGGCGACCUACUACACUCUGAGAACGCUCUUGGAUCAGUGCAUGGAUGGUUCCAUUGCUUUACCUGCUGUUGUAUCUGAGAUUCCAGUUUGUCAGCAGAAGGAAGUACUGGUUUGAAAGGUACUUAGAAAUUUCUUUGAAUGUGGGCGUGUACUUUGCCACCCUGUUAUUGGGGAGCUAUCACCACGAAUGUUCCCAAACUUAGCAACGGCAGCAAAAUACUGGGCCAAAAGAAGGAAUCCGACAUUUUCUGGAUUUCAAGAUUUAAAUAACAAACACGUGAACUAA